UUGAAGCUGAGCACAUCGCUUCGUCUCUGUGUAGCACUCUCGUCGAUGGGAUCUAUAUUCUGGAGCGUGGAGGUUUCAGUUCACAUAAAUCAUGAUGCUGCGUUGUGGAUUCAUUCGAAGUUUACUUUUAGCAUUUUUGCCAUGUAUGAUAUUCGGCACAUACGGCGCAUCCGUUACUGAUUCGUUGGGAGAUAAUUUAUCAAGAGAUGAUCUCAAAAAGCAGCUGCAAGAUGUUAAAGCACAGUUGGAGAAAUUUAAUACGCACUAUCUCAUAAAUCUAGAGCAGCGAAUGUUGAACGUUUUGACGACGAUGACCAGUAUUGAUAGCAAUGUUAAAACGCUUCAGGAGAAGUCACAGAUUUGGGAUGUUUUCCAGCAUCACAUUGGCGCGUGGACCGACCACAUGAAGUCGGUUGAUCACAAGCUGGAUUUAAUAAGAAAGAGCCAAGAUAGCACCCCUCAUCCUUUGGAAACACGACUAUCAAAUUUAGAUUUCAAAAUACAGCAUAUUUUCGAUAAAGUGGAUGUCAUAAAUGAGAAGCUUCAUGAUAUUACAAAAACUGUGUACGCUCUAUCGAGUAGCUACAGAUCUCGGCGCAACGAUCGUGAGCCGGUUGAUCAGAAUGCAGUGAUGACUAAAAUUAGCAGUCUGCAGAAGCAGUUGAAUCGCUUAGAACUGAACUCUUCCAAUUGUCCUAAAAAGAAUGGGAACGGGAACGGAAAACCGAAGAAAGAGGUUCAGGAAUUGGAUGACGAGUUGGACGACUUUCUAGAUAAACUUGCCACAAAAAAGUUGAAGGAUUUGGCAGCCAAUCGGAAGCAUACACGAUCACUGGAAAGUCUAUCAAACACGAUAAGAUCGGUGGAUGAACGCACGACAAGAAUAUAUGAUCUAGAAGCGAAUCAAUUCGAACAGAUCUUGAGCUGCUGCAAGAGAACGGAUCAUGAAAUCACUACAUUCACUAACAGCGCGGAUAUUCUACUGAAGCGAAUCGAACGAUUAGUAAUCAAUGUGGAUGAUAAAAUAGAGAAGAGAAACAAUAUACAGUGCCAAGGGAAUAUUGAACCCUCGAGCAUUGGAGAUAUUUUGGACAUAACUACUGAACUAGGCAGCGGUGAUAUAAUUGUAACUACGACAGAAAAGGAAUUCAGCAUUUCAAAAAUAGACUUAGACGAGAAUGAGCUAGAAGUGGAGUUUCAUCAACCCGAGAAACAAGGGUGCCACCAGUUAACCAUAAGGGAAAAUGGAGUUUACACGUUCGGGACAAUCGAACUGAACGAGGCUAACCGGGAUUUGAACAGACGGUAUUGUAAUUUUGCGACAGACGGCCCCGCCUGGACAGUUAUUCAACGACGUGAGCUCCACGAUUUGCAGGAAAACUUCAACAGAUCCUGGAACGAGUACAAAAACGGUUUCGGUGAUUUGAGCUACGAAUUCUGGUUUGGGAACAAUUUCAUACACAUGCUUACAUACGACGACAAUGUGGAGUUGAGAAUUGAACUGUUCGAUUUUGAGGGGAAUUUUGCAUUUGCCGAGUAUAAGACGUUCAGAAUAGAUACGGAAAAAUUCAACUUCAAUUUAAUGAUCUCCGAUUACCAGGGAAACGCAUCAGAUGCGAUGGGUUACCACAAUGAUCAAGAUUUCAGUACUUACGAUCAAUCUAGCGACAAAUCGAAUGGAUCAUUUUCGUGUGCCCUAACGUAUGGCAGUGGAUGGUGGUUCAAUAGUUGCGCGGAAUCGAACUUAAACGGAAUCUACUACUCUGACAACCCCAAGUCCCAUAUGUCAACCGGUAUCUUAUGGGAACCCUGGUUAGGGGAUUACUCUCUGAAAUCAAGUAUCAUGAUGAUUCGUACGAGAGAUAUAUGGGCUCCUGAGGACGAUGAAUCCCCACAACGGCAGGACCCAUAAGCUCGUGGAGCUUGAAA